CCCGUAAGAAGAGAGGAGAGAAAAAUUGGACAUCCAAAUUUGAUUUCAUGGAUGGUGCAACUACAAGCACAUCAAACAGAAAAGAAAUGGACCGGAUCAAAGGUCCAUGGAGCCCCGAAGAAGAUGAGUUGCUCAAGAAGCUGGUACAGAAACACGGCCCCAGAAACUGGUCUUUGAUCAGCAAAUCAAUCCCUGGCCGAUCCGGCAAAUCCUGUCGGCUCCGAUGGUGCAACCAACUGUGUCCCCAAGUUGAGCACCGGGCCUUCACUCCAGAAGAAGACGAGACUAUCAUCCGAGCUCAUGCCAGGUUCGGCAACAAGUGGGCCACCAUAGCCCGACUCCUCAACGGCCGUACCGACAACGCCAUUAAAAACCACUGGAACUCCACGCUUAAACGUAAGUGCUUAUAUGAUGGUAAUCUGGGAGGGGAACACCAACAGCCCUUGAAAAGAUCGGUGAGUGUGUGCAGUCCAUCGGGAUCCGAUUUUAGCGAUUCCAGUGUUCCCGUUUUGUCAUCCUCGCACCUGUACAAGCCCGUCCCAAGGACAGGUGGAGUUAAUGUUGAUGUCCAUGUUACGCCGGCUGGGGAGGAGGCGGCGGCGUCACCUUCUAACGACCCCCCGACUUCACUGAGUCUGUCUUUGCCGGGUGCAGAGACAUGCGAUGUGUCAACUCAUAUGAGGAGUGAAGAAAGGGGAGGUGGGGUGAUGGGGUUCAGUGCGGAGUUUAUGGCGGUGAUGCAAGAGAUGAUAAGGGCUGAGGUCAGGAAUUACAUGGUGCAGCAGCAAAACGGCGCAGUUUCGGGAGGAGCGGGAAUGGGGACGUGUUUGGGUACGAAUCUUGUGAGUAUGAACCGAGUUGGGGUGAGUAAGAUCGAGUGAGUUAUAAUGAGAGGAAAAAAAUUUGGGCUGUGUUUUCUUCUUCUUCAUCAUCUUGUUAUGGUGAAUUAUUUUGGUCAUUUUAGGGGGUUAAAGAAAAAUGAGAGAAGGGGAGUUUUCAAUUAAAAACUAGCUGUCUCUUGGCCUUGUUAAUGUUUCAAGUAGAUUUUACUCCAGGGAAAAAGGUUCCUUUCAUCAAUUUUUCAAUCAUAUUUCUUCUUGUAUUUUAAAGAUCUGAAAACAAGACUGUAAAAUAUCCAU